ACCUGACUGAGGGGAUCGACCCCUCACGCUCCCCCGUUUUAGCCCAAAGAACCUGGCCAAUCGGGGGCUGGGUUGGGCAAACAGUGUUUCUGUGGACGCCCCGCUGGGAAUGAUGGGACCUGGAACUCAACGUAGCUGGAAAGCGGACCCCCCCCCCCCGCAAACAGCCUCUGGCCGUGGGGUGGCGCGAGGCGUUCUUUGCUGACGUCAUCAGGGGGCGCGGUCGCCGUAGCUCGCAGCGGGAUGAGGGAGGCGGGGGCGGUGGUGCGGCUGCAGGUGGGUCGAAGCGGAGGAGGGGGUCGGUGGGCAGAAACCCCGGAAGGGCCGCCUCGGACCAGGGCUGUUGUCAGGGGUUACCUGAUCAGGAAAAGGCUUCAAAGCAUAAGGAGUAAGUAUGAGAGCAUCAUCAAGGAAAUUGAAGGAGACUUGGAUUGGGUCCAGUGGACUGGCCAUUUCUUCCCAAGACCAGCGUUUCUCUCAAAGUCUGCCAAGAAAUCAAUAAAGCAAUUCAACAGAGAAGAGGUUAAAAUUGACAAGCCACAAAAACAGGAUGCACAAUAUUUUCAAGAGGUAUCACAGUCUAGACAAAUGUGUGACUUUGAGAUGCAGUUUCCAAGCCGACUACUGGCUGAGGUGACAGCCGAACCCAAGAUCGGUGAGGUAGGACAGCAAGCUGUGGAUGCUCAGUCUGGGAAUGCCUGCAGCCUGCCAGGAGAAAACGAGGAAGGUGGGGAACCCAGCAACACCUCAUCUGAUUGGAGCAGCACAGUUCUGUGGAUGGAAUCUCCCAGGAUGAGCCACGAGUCUCAUUUCCCCAGAGCACCGGAAAUGCCCAGAGGGAUGCCUGGCCUGCAGAACUACCGCAAGCACCUGGCUAUGGAGCUACUCUGGCUGCAACAAGCAAUUGCCAGCCGUAAGAAUUAUUUGAUCCUAAGACAGAGAUUGGGGAAACCAGCUUGAGAGCUCACAUAUGAUCUUUUCACACUGAACUGGAGGCUGACACUUUGACCCGCUACCACCAGAAAGGAAGCAAGGGGCUGCAGGCAAGAUGUCCACUGUGUUUCCUUAGAGAGGCCACAUCCUGAAGUCACCAUUGAGAUUUGCAAAAGGAACUGUAAAAACUGGAGGCUGCAAAAUGUUUUCAAGGCUGGCAGAUUUUUGGGAAUUGCAAUUGGUGGAGCAACAUCAGUUUUAUCAGCAUUUGCAAAGCUACGGUAGCUAGUGAUCAGUGGGCCAUGGAAGCUGUUGCCUGUGUGGGCCUUUUUUCCCCAUCAGUUAUAUUAGAGCAGCUUUGACCAGAAAGUUUUCAAUUCCUGGAGAUUAUUCCAGGGUCCCAUAUUUUAGCUGGAACCAAUUUCCUUCACAUUUCCUUUUUGUGGCUACUGGUUUGAUUAUUCUUAAAGUUUUUACUGCAUGGUUGUUUUUGCUAUUUUGCUGGCUUGUUUUUGUUUUAAAUUUGGAUGCGCUCUAUUAAUAAAUUAUUAUGAAAUUAAAUAAAACAUUUUCCCCCAUGCUUCAUUUUUGGCCCAUGACUAUAAAAUUAGGCAAUAUUCCACAUUUUUCAAUUGUGCUAGGCAGUAUGAACCUGCCAGAGACAUUACGGGUAUUUCUC